GCUCCAACGUCGCGUCCUCCGCCCUCAUCCAGCGCCGCCGUCCGUGCGGCCGCCGCCACCUCCGCCACGGCGGCAGCCGCCGUCCCCCUCAAGUUGGACACAAUUACACGCCGCUAUUCCCCUCCCUACUGCUCAGCUCCUCCUGUGCGGGCGCAUGGCCUCCUCCGCCUCCACCCUCCUCGUCCUUCCCUCGCCGUCGUCCUCAUCAUCUCGCGACGAAUCCGACGAGGCCAUUCCCCUCCCGCCCACGCCCGUGCUGGUCCCGGAGGAAUCUUCCCGGAUCCCACAGCCGCAGCAGCAGUUGUGGCAGUAAAACGGGAGAACGACUGCAGCUUGGCAAUGAAGGCGCUGGCGCGAGCGGUUCAGCGCUGCCGUUUCGUUCCCCAGUACCUCACCCAAACGCAAAUCCUACCACGGCGCCGCCGCCACCUCCACUCCCACCGCCACAGCGGCCGCCGCCGUCCCCCUUCGUUGGUGACCAUCGCGCGCGCAGUCGCACUCCUUCCCACCGCUCGGCUCCUCCUGCGCGGGCGCAUGCUUUCCUCCGCUUCUGCCGCCGCCGCCCUCCUGCCCUUCCCGCCCCCAUCUUCCUCCGACGAAUCCGACGACGCCAAGACCCUCCGGUCCCAGCCCGUGCUGGAGCCGGAGGUUGCCUCCCCGCCCCCGCAGCAGCAGCAGCUGCGGCAGUGGCUGGAGCUGGAGCGCGACUGCAACAUGGCAAUGAAGGCGCUGGCGUGCGUAGGAGACGUCGAUCAGGUGGUCAACCUCUUCGCCGAGCUCAUGCUCUCCGCUUCAAGCGCCGGCGUUGUGCCUAGCGUGCUCUGCUACAACACGCUCCUCAACGCGCUCGUGGAGGAUGGCCGCGCGGCAGAGACCCGCAAAGUGUUCGACGAAAUGCUCGCAACGGGCGUGGCGCCCAACGUGUCAUCCUUCAACAUACUCGUCAAGCUGUAUGCGUGGCGGACUGUGGAGUUCCAUCUCGCGUACAAGGAGAUCCAUGGGAUGCGGGUGCACAAGCUGGAGCCUGACGUUAGCACCUACUCCACGCUCGUCACGGGGCUGUGCCAGGUGGGGAAGCUUGACGAGGCGUGGGGCGUGCUUGAUUGGAUGUUACAGGAGGGGUGCUGCCCGAUGGUGCACACGUAUACGCCCAUUGUUCAGGGUUAUUGUCGUGAGGGCCGUAUCGAGGAGGCUAGGAAGCUGAUUGACUUUAUGGAGGAUUCUGGUUGUCCUCCCAAUGCUGUCACUUACAAUGUUCUGAUCAGGGCACUGUGUGAUGAUGCCAGAUUUGAUGAAGUCAAGCAGGUGUUAGCAGAGAUUAAAAUGAAGGGCCAGAAGCCCAAUACAGUUACCUAUAAUAUAUAUAUGGAUGCUCUUAGCAAGAAAGGUAUGGCUAAGGAAGCACUUCAGCAGUUCGAGGACAUGCAAGGUGAAGGGUUGUAUCCUACAGCUUUUACUUUGAGUAUUAUUUUAAAUUGCCUUUGCUGUAACUCGAGGUUUUCACAAGCCAUUUCCUUACUGGAGAGGAGCACAGAGUUAAAUUGGUGUGCUGCUGUUGCUGCAUACAACACUGUGAUGAGCAGACUAUGUGACACGGACAGAUGCUCAGCUGUUCUGGAGCUCUUGGUAGACAUGAUCAAGAAAGAUGAACGUCAGUUCACUUCGCGAGGUACUGCCAGGAAUAUGCAGUUAUAUCAUUUGUGUCGGUAUGCAGAGUGUGGGAAUUCAGAGACAAAAAGGACAAAAAUGAGAUCAAACACCUUGAUCUUGUUCUUAUUGAUCGAAAGGUGGUCUGCUCUUUUCUGGGAGCUGCUCUGCAGGGGCCGGCCAUGCUCAUCAUACAGUAUGAGCCCACUGAACCGUGGCAACUCGCACCGUGUCCCCAUGAGUAUCCUCCGCUGCCACAAUGGCGUCCUCCUCGGCGUCAUUGGAGUCCUGCACCCCUCUGCUGAUGCUGCCGCUCCCCUACCAUCAGCCGUCAUGCCCCUGGACACCGGUGGUCUUACCUCGUCAGCUGCCAUUGGCUCCACUGCGACGCUUCUGGUGCUUCCGCAUGGGAUCCUGGGGGGCUUAGGCGCACGAAGCCUCAUAGUCAGCACGUCUUUGCAAUCGUACCUGCACUUCUCAUGCUUCCUGCUGUCCGCUCCGCCAGGUUUCUGUAACCCCGAGCGGCCAUAGCUGUGUGGGUGGAACACCAGUGCCUCUGGCUUGGACAGCCUGCCAUCGUUCCUGAUGACGAAGAGCGCCUUGGGCGUGCCACGCCUGGGCUCGGGCUGUUCCCUCUUGGCCUUCCAUGGCAACAUGGAUGCGCAGAGUCCCAUGGGCGCUGUAGAUUCAGGAAUAUGGUAAUAUGGAGAAGACAAUUAUGCAGAAGGCACGCGUUGGGAGUUUGGAGUGGGAAUUCAGAAGAAACUGUCUUGUUCGCAGGUCCUUUGUAUUGGUUUUUGUUUCAUGGAGCAAGGAAGCAGAGCAAGAUGACUAAUGAGAGUGAGCUAGCUGGGGAAGUAAAGGAAGGUAGAUUCAGCUAUUUGGGCUUUCUUUUCCUUCCGUGCAUAGGAGUAUGUAUCCCAAGCCUUGCUAAAGAAUAAGUAAAUUUGGGGGCGGAACGAAUUGCUUCCCUACCAUUUCUUGGAAUUGCGGCGUAGGUUGCCGCCUGUGCGAGGCCAUACGUGUUUACAUGGAGGGCUCCACAGCCGCCUGGUUCGAUCCAUGUGCCUUCCUUGCAUGGGACGUCAGAUGGGUAGUAUUUCUUUCCCAAAGUAUUUUCUUGGUGGGCUGAGGCCAGUUA